CUCCCAGCUGGGUAAUGACGUGUACCAGUUGCCGCUGUGAUAUGCUCUCUUCCCUGGAAAGUGCUCAUCCCAGCUAGGUGCCGGACUCAAGACUGCCUGGCCGCCAUGGAUGCGUUUUCCAAGUCCAAUGGCUCCUUCGCCGUCGUCCUCCUGAAGUCUCUGUGCCAAGACACACCUGGGUGCAACGUGUGUGUGUCUCCCCUGAGCGUGACCUCUGCCCUGGCCACCAUCCUCCUGGGAGCCAGAGGCAGCACCAAGGCCCAGAUAGCCAAGAUGCUUUCUCUAAAAGAGAAGAAAGAUCAUCAAAGUUUCCAGUUGCUUCUCAGCAAGGUAAACAAUCUGGAAGGCCAGUACGUGCUGAAGACAGCCAGCCGCCUCUACGGGGAGAUAUCAUGCAACUUCUGCUCCCCCUUUAAGGAAGAGUGUUCUCAGCUGUACCAGGCAGAGUUGGAGGAACUUUCCUUUAUCAGAAGCCAUGAGGAGGCUAGAGGGAACAUCAAUAACUGGGUCUCCAGGAAUACAGAAGGUAAAAUUCAAGAGCUGCUGCCCUGUGGUUCCGUGAGUCCCCUUACCAACCUGGUUCUUGUCAACGCCAUCUACUUCAAAGGACAGUGGCGAGAUACAUUUGACAAAGCAUACACGGUCGAAGUGCCUUUUAAAAUAAAUCAGAAGGAGCAGGUGCCGGUGCAGAUGAUGUUUCAGGAAUCCACAUUCAACCUGGCCUACAUCGAUGAGGUAGAAGCACAGCUGCUGGAGCUGCCUUACAUCAGGCAGGAGCUGAGCAUGUUCAUUCUGCUCCCGGAUGAAAAUGUGGACCUGAGAUUGGUGGAGAAACAGCUCACGUUUGAGAAAUUUCGAGCCUGGACCAAGCUUCUGAAGAGCACCAAGGUGGAAGUUUCCCUGCCCAGGUUCAGGCUGGCAGAAGAUUAUCAACUGGAGUCAGUGCUGCCCACGCUGGGCAUGGUCAAUGCCUUCCAGAUUGGCCAGGCUGACUUUUCGGCCAUGGCAGAGGACUUAAAUCUGCAUCUGUCCACCUUUGUGCACAAGGUCUGUCUGGAGGUGAAUGAGGAUGGCACUGAGGCCGCAGCAGCAUCAGGCUUGCUCAUCGAGGUAGACUGUGGAGCGGAGAUGCCCCAGUUCUACGCUGACCACCCCUUCCUCUUCUUUCUCAUACACAACGACACCAAAAGCAUUCUCUUCUGCGGCAGAUUUUGUUCACCUUAAUGGGGUGCCUCCUCAAAGACGGGUCUGCAAAACACUUGGCCCAUGGCCCCCUCUUUCCCUCUCACACCUUCUAUAGAGAUUUUCUGCAAGCUACACAGGC